AUGGCGCUAAACGCCUACACCAUUUAUGGCGAUCCUCUAGUCGGACAAACACAACCAAAACAUUCUAGGACGCGUUCUGAAGAGGGUCUCACGAUCGCAGAACAGGCCACCCAGCUAACCAACCGAGCCUUUAACGGCUCCACAUUUGUUCCUGCACAGAGAACGUACGACGAACUUGGUAGACCAUUGGACAACGAAACCAUAUCAGAAACCAAUUCACGAAUACCCUCGUCAGCUAAUUCGGUUGGCGACUGGUACACAUCCCUUCAACGAACGCACAGUGUGACCCCACAGCCAGCACCAACUCGCAACAAAGGCAAAGUUGGAGAGAAGAGUCGAAUUUACAGGGGUGAAGAGUCCCCAAAAGUGCUCCCGUCGGUUCCAACAACCCAGCGGCAUCCUCGCAAACCAGACUGGUUUCGAUCAAGUUCCAGUCCAGCCGCUAUUGAGAGGCCUCCGUUGCCCUCGUUGGCAGAAAUGAUUCGCCGUGAUCCUCCUGAUCCGCAGAACCCUUUGGAACCCCCUGUCUAUUAUGGCAUCGCGCCUACAAAUAAAGGUUACGAGAUGCUUACCAAAGGUGGAUGGGUGGAAGGCUCGUCGUCUAGCGAAAAUUCGGGGAGUCCUGUAACCAUCUCCGAAAUGUUGCAGAAUCGGGGACAGAGCUCUAAUAGGCCUCUUCUCACUCCAAUUGCAGUUGCCCUGAAGAACGACCGCAAAGGUUUGGGUCUCUCGAAGACGAGAAGGUUGGUGACACAUUCCUCACUUGCUCUACAUGAACACAUCCAGAAGGGGAAGGCCGCACGAAGGAAUCAAAUAUCUAAGAUGAGGAGAUUGGAGAGAGAUUCUAAAAAGGGUCAAUACGGAAGAGGCAAGAGGGCUUACGCCAAAAUGGCGAAAGAGGAUGCAGCAAAGCGACAGAGAUUAAUGGAAUAUAUGAACACCUAG